GUGGCUGGUCCAAAAGUCCGUUUCAGCCUCUCUCCACACCUUUACGGCGAGAUGAUCUUGGCCAUGUUCCGAGGUCAUGUCCCCCUAAACAGAGACCGAGCGCGAGCUGUGACUUUAAAUACCGGCGCCCCUCGAAAAUAGACCGACACCCACCCAGCCGCGCGCGCAUGCGUUUCUCAAUGAGGCACACACACAAUGAUGCCACGAGACUGAGAGGCACUCGAGAGGCCAUAAAAUGGUUCGGGUAUUCAUACGCACAAAUGCGCAGCCUCGCAGACACCAUUUUUAGCAGCCUACCGCAAACAGACAAGCCGGAUAGCCUUCAUUUCGGCGAGGCUUUUUAGACCUGCAAGCGAGACGCUCACCUUUCGACACCUCGUCUUUCUAUCGCCCUCGAGGUCUGCCGCCCGGGGGUUCAGCCAAGGAGAAACCAGGGCUGCCGUCGCAGCGCCAGCGGUUGUGAGGCGACGGAUACACGGCGAACUCGAAGUCGGUUUUUUAGGGAGCGAGCCUGAUCUCCGGCAAGGCAGCGUGGACAGCCGGUCCAGAGAGAGCUGUCGACAGGCAAGUUGCGGCAGAGCGUGAAUGGGGCGCGCUCUCCGCGGUUUCCGCUGCAGUACGCUGCAGACGCAAUUUGCGAAUCGACAAUGUGGUAGAGAGACGAAAAGCUGGCGACUGCGGUGACGUGUACCGUCGGACUUUCCAGUGCGGAACUUCUCGGUUUUUGCACACUACGUACAGGUUCUCUUUCUCGUUGGCAUUAUUGUUUGUGUGGGAGUUGGCGAAUGCCGGUGAAUCCAUGCGCUGCGUUCUCGCGUCUCCUCAACGGGAGAAGCGCAACGUGAAACUACCGGGAAUCGCAGUUCCCGUCCUCUGCGGAUGCCGCCACUUGUUCCAGCAAUUCGGCGACAGAAGGCGUCGAGAGGACGGCCACGCGCCGCGCUUGGCUUCUGAAACGAAGCAGAAGCACAGACAAUUUCGUUCUGAAACUCUAGCAAAACAGGUCAUCGCCGCGGUAAUCGUUUGAUUCGGCCACACUGUGGUCGUCAUGUCCCACAAGACCAUGGCGAAGAGCGGGGGGCGUAGUACCGGCGCGGUCCGGUCGCAUGACGCCGGGAGUCCUUCAGCGCCGGUCGCGUCGAAGUCGCGGCCGUGGCGUCUCGGUUGCAUGGUCGUCUCGUUGGCGGCCUUCGCUGUCGCCAUCUCCACGCCCUCCCUGUCUCCCGCCCCUGCGUCUCUCGCGUCUUUCUCUGGACUCCAGCCAGCCGAGGCUGCAGGGUUGGUCGCCUCAAUGAAGCGCGCAGCGAACCAGGGAUGGCGUACGGGAGCGCGCUGGCUAUGCACGGUCUUCGGACUCCAGUACGAACACGUGAAGUCGGUGUUCCGGCGGUCCGGCCGCCACCUGGAGCUCGAGACGCUCUCGGAGGAGGUCGACCGGUACCUCCAGCUCGUCGAGGCAGCUGGUCACAACGAAGGUAACUUGCCGGACGCGUACCAGGAACGAGGUGUUCAUCUGGUGCUCGCGGCGCAGGAGCUGUUCUCCCGGGUACUGGGGAAGCGGGUGGAGUUGCCGGCGCGAUACAAAGCGGCCGCCCGUCGCUUUGAAGCGAUGAAAAAGAAGAAGAAGGACUCCGGAUCCAGGAAGGGGCCUGCGCCAGAGAGCGCGACUGAGGCGCCCGCGCCGGCAGAGCCGACGGGAUCCGAUGCGUCAAGCUCCGGGGCGGAGGCACGACCCCAGGCGGAGAGCCCGGCGAAGGAGGCGUCGAAACCAGAGGCGGAGGGGGUCCCGGCAGCUGCAUCGAGCUUGGUGGCAGUGCCUAUGCGAGACAGGGCAUUCGAGGAGUCGGCAAACGAGAGGCUGCGAGCGUUGAAGGCCCGCCACGAAGCGGACGUGAGCGCGAUCGUGGACGAGGCGAACACGCGACUGAAGCAGUACCAAGAGGAGCACAAGAUGACGUAUGACAAGAAGAUCAGUCACUUGAGGGCUCAGCAGCACGCGGAGCUGGACCAGGCGCUGCGUGAGUUGCAGGAGGAGACGCUCCGGUUCGAGGACGGGAAGAAACAAUACGAAGUAGUCAGCGCACUGUUGACAGAGGCGAAGGCGGGCAUCGCGGUUCUUAGUGAGGGGCUGCAGUUCAUCGGUGCGAACUUCUACUCCAUCGACCAGCAGAUCGACAAGGUCGCGGAGGAGCAGAAAGAGCUCGAGCAGGCGGACGGGGACAAGGCGAUGAUUCAGAAGGCGUUCCUCGUCCUCCAGCACGCGGGCCUCGCGCAGGAGCAAGGCGCGCAGGCGGCGAUCGCGAUCAGGACGCGUUCCGCCGAGAUAGCGGAUGUGGUGGCGCAGCUUGAGGAGCUCUUGAGCCGCGCAGACACCGCACUGAGUACGGCGCCAGUCGGUUCACUGUUUGAAAGUCAGCAACAGGGGUACAGCGAGUACUUGAGGUCGUACCAGGUGAACGUGGCGGAGUCGAAGGAGAAGGUGACGAGCUUCGAGCAAGAAGCGGACGCGAAGCUGCUCGCGCUGACCUACCGAUUGGAGCAGCUCCAAGCGAAAGCGGUGGGGAACCUCGGAGCGGUCACGGAGAAGCUCGCGGCUGAGUACUCGAUGAUCCAAAACAAGGCCCAGGAACUGGAGCAAGGGUACCAGGACUUCUUCGAUGCGUGCGCGCAUGUCGAGGAGCAGACGUUCAACACGGCCAAGAGCGCCGUGGAGGACCGCGCAACUUUCGCGGACUUGUACAGCAGCCUCCAGGCGGAGUUCAACAACCUACAGGUGACGCUGGAGCGCCAAGGCGAGAACGUGAAGCAGCUGAACGCGGACGUCUCGAACGUGGAGAAGAUUGCGGCCGUCUUCAUGGAGGGCCUGAACUCGGCGCCGCUGUCCCGCGAGGCCCUCGCACAGCUGAAUGCACAGCCAGUCGCGGAAAUGACCCGAUUUUUCUCAGGGUACAAACAGCAAGUCUCCGUGGCGUCCACGGCGCUCCACCAGCGCUAUCAGACGACCCAGGACCUGCGACGGAAGCUCGACCUGCUUCACAGAGAAAUUCGCGUUCUCGCCGACCCCGCGACUCUCGAGCGUCUCGAGGCCGAGGUCAUGAGCCUCGUGGCGGACUUGGAGGCGAAGCAGCGCGACCAAGUUGAGGCGGACGCGGAGACGAAACAGGCGCGGGCAGUGGUCCAGACCCUGCAGAAGGACCUCCGACAACUCGAGCAACGUCUCAUGACGGAGCGGCGUCUGGCGGGACGCGCAGGCCUCGCGGGCGCGGGCGCCUCGGCUGCGGGCGGGUCGCUCUUUGGAGGUAUCGGCGGCACAUCCGCGUCGUUCGCAGGCAGCACUUUGGGCAGCGGCUUCGGGGCUGCGAACGAGACUGUUCGAGAGCUUGAGACGCAGAUCCGCCAGCUGAAGGCGCGGCUUCAGGACGCCGAGCGCGAGCUGCAGAACGUCCAGCGCCGCCUCACGCUCGUCGAGAAGGCCGUUCGGGACCUCCAGAGAGACAUUGACGCGAAACGACGUAUCAUCGUGGAGGAGCAACAGAAACUCGACAGACUUCAACAGCUCGCGGCUGCGGUCAUGGGCGGCCCAGGAAGCGGCGUGACCGGCACGCUCGCGGCAGGGUUGCGAGGCUCCGUGGCUUCGGGCUUCAGGGGGUCGAUGGCUUCCGGCCUUUUCCCUGCGGGGACGAUCGCUGCUGGCCUCCGAGGCGCCUCGGUCGCCGGGAGCCUGGGGGGAGUCGGCAGCCGCCUCGGGGGCUUCGCGGGCGCGUCCAUGGGCCGCGGAUUGGGCUCCAGAGCCGGGGGCUUUGGGGCAUCCGGCGCCAGUAAAGGGCCGAUCCCCAAGCCCUUCACGGGGGACAAGAACUGAGGGAGCCUGCGCACGAAGGCCGGCGAUGAGCCGUGAAGUCUCGGGGGCCGGCCGGAAGUGCGAGAAGAAGGGUGUUGUAGACUUCUGAGAAAGCGCGGACGAACGCGUUCGUGGACGCUGCGUGGAAGGGAACGACAUGCGUUGGCAUCUCGCCUUUCUGUGCGUGGCUGCUGUCGCGUGCAGGCGCGACAAGAAUGUGAAGGGGUGCUACCAGCCGGUUGACUUAUGCUGAAGUGUGUCGGUGUGGUACAUCCAUCAAAUCCAGAGCCGCACAAGACAGUCCUGGAGGCGCGAAGACGCGGCGCCGGGACAUUGCGGCGGAGGCGCCGACACAAAAUCGGAAAAGGGAGGGUGGGACUGAGGCGGGCGAGUCGGCGGCGAGUACAGGAAAAACGCCGAAAUCCCCAGGGAACGUCUUGAAAUGUGACGGGUGUAAACACAGCCCAACACACCGGUUUGAGGUUCUCUGCAUGUACACGCGUUACAGUUUCGCACGUUGCUCCAAUUUUGAAAAAGUGACAAUGUCAGACCACGUGUCUGUAUAUACACACCACGAGUGGUCGCGACGAGAAAGUUCUGCCCGGGUCGCCAGUUGCGUCUCACGGUAGACGCCGUCUCUGGCAGGAGCAGAUGAUUGUGCUUGAGUGCUGCGACUCUGGUUUUUUCUCGCCGAAAUUGGGUUUGGACCACAAAUGCCGUGAGCGCGAGUAGGAGCGCCGUUACGGGUGCGAGGAAAGGAGCGAGUGACGAUUAGGUGAGAAGAAAACAAGCGUUUGAGGUAAAGGGGGAGACUUAUUUUUUACGGCCGAAAGGACACCGAACCCCCCCGUCCACCCUAUCGUUUUAUAUGUCGAACAAUUACUCCCGUCUGAAUAUGAACUCAGACACACUGUCUUUCCUUGUCCAAAAUAAUCGUGAAAGCAUUCCACUAGACGGGCACACCACGGGUGGGAUCUUCGAGCCGAAGGUAUCGGACGCCGGAUUCGUCUCGGGUGUUGUCAUGAGGCAGGCCUGGCGAGAGGAACCGGAGGAUAGUCCAAACAGUGAUGGCUUCAGCGCGCCUCAGUCGAACGGAUCGGACUUCCUGUAAAAAGAACCUGGGGAACGUCUGUGUGUGGAUGCUUCCGAGAAUGUAUACCCGGGUGUUCGCAUGUGCCUGCGAUACCCAUACAUAUCUAUCUAUCUAUCUAUAUAUAUAUAUAUAUAUAUAUACGGAAUAUACGGAUAGAUAGGGCUAGAGCUAGGUGUGGCGACACAGAUUUGUGGACAUUCGGUCUGAGCGAGAGGCAGCACGUUUCGCGGCUCUACCUUACGUGGUAGCAAUGAUGAGCUGAGGAGUCGUUGGUUAUAUCCAUAGAUACUCUUGCUGCGAGAGAGAGCAUGCAGAUCGGCGAAAGCCACCACUCACAAGGAUCACUUUUUUCAAGAACUCAGAAGUUGCUCCGUAAGUUCGUUUCGCUCUCGGCUUUUUUCUAUGGUCCUGUUCAAAUACAUAUAAUAUACAUAUAAAUAUAUAUAGGUGCGAGCAGAAGCUGCGUGGGUGUGAUACCUACGGAGUGUCACCUCCGCGGAAAACCUUUUCGGAAGAAGAGAGCACGUAAACAAGAGAAGCGCUGGUUGGAUGCGCGAUUCUAUCUCAAAGAAAAGAUGGCUCUCGCGGCAGUCCUGACUCAAACACCGGAGAUGCCUUGCAUUCGGCGUUCUGCCGUGUACGUACACCCUUCCACAACCCCUCUUCGUCCCCCGCGCCGCCUGCUGUUUACAUCGCUUCUGAUGCUUCGAAAUCAUACUAACAGCGAGAAAGGAAGUGUGUUCCAAUGAAAAGGACUGUUUAUUCGGGAAGUUAGCGUCUCACACGUAUAACCGAGUAGCAACUUAGAUGCAAAGAUUGACAUAAUUAGUCCUUGCAUUGUUUGAACCUACUUGACUCCUCAGUUUUAAGUUAGGGAGCCCUUGGUUGACACCAUGUACCCCACCACGAUCCUCCUCUCGACCCGACUGUAUACACAAACGCC